CCAAAUCUUCGGGCUCGUCAAUGAGAAGCCCUUCUGCUCAUUUCAUUCUCAGUGCUCCACCUUCAAUCGGAGCCAACCAAACUGAGAAACCACUCUCUCCCCCAAGCUUCCUCGAUCAAUGGCGUCCUUACCCUUCGUCCUCUUCGUCGCCGCCGCCGCCGCCGUCCUCGCCGUCGUCCCUCCGCUCUCCCUCUCCUCCGCCCCUCACUCCGACUCCCUCCAUCAAGCCGCCCGGAUCCUCUCCGGCGCCCGCUUCACGUCGAUGGCUCUGACCCUCGAGCUCGUCUCUCAGACGUCGGUCGUCCCGCGCUCUCAGUCCCUGACCAUCUUCGCCCCCCGCGACGCCGCCUUCUCCCGGUCUGGCCAGCCCUCGCUCUCCCUCCUCCAGUUCCACUUCGCUCCGCUCCCUCUUUCCCAUCGCUUCCUCGCUUCGCUUCCCUACGGCACCGCCGUCCCGACCGCGCUGGGCAACCGCUCCCUCAUCGUCACUUCGCUGCCGGGCGACCCGUCCAUUUCCCUCAACGGCGUCAAGAUCGACGGCUUGCCCCUGUUCGCCGACAAGUCCCUGACGGUUUUCGGAGUUGAGAGGUUCUUCGACCCAGGUUUCGAGCUCUCUUCGCCCGUGCAGGGACCCACGCUGGAUCUGAACUGCGUCCCCUCGCUGAAGAGGGGAAACCGCGCGGGCUUUCCGGGCGAUGGCUCGUUCCACGAGGCUUCGAGAAAGAUGAAAUCUUCAGGGUAUUCUGUGAUGGGUUCUAUCCUCGGAAUGCAGCUUCUGGGGUUCGAGUAUCGGACUGCUACGUUGACUCUGUUCGCUCCAGUCGACCAGGCGAUGACGCAUAACAAGGGCAACUUCAGCGAGGACGCUUCGAUCUUUCUUCAGCACGUGGUUCGGUGUAAGCUCCUGCGGAGUGAUCUGACUGAGUUCAGUAAUGGGCCUGCGCUGCCGACGUACAAGAAAGGGUACGGCAUUCGCAUCGCGAAAUCCGGCGACACCUUCAUGGUUAAUAAGGUGGCCAUCGAGCACCCGGAGUUGUACGUGAACGAGUGGAUCGUCGUCCAUGGGGUUCGCGAGAUGAUCGGAGCGAAAAGCAGGGCGGUGGACAAAGGGGGGCACAAGGCGGCGCACAAGGGGUCCAAAAAGAGUGGCCAUUUCGAGGGAAAGGGAUGGGCGACGUGGCAGUUUCGGGUCUGGAUCGCCAUCUUCCUACUGGUCUCUGCUCAAUUCUGUUGUUGAGUUCUGGUCGAUCCGUUGCAUUUCUAGUUAAACGUGCAUAUGGUUUUGAAGAGAUAUGACAAUGCAGAAAAGGGUACAGUGUCAAGGAGAUGCUGAUCUACAGAGGAAUUUUAAUUCAGUGUCCAUGGUACCUCUAUUUUCUU